AUGGCCCAGCAUCACCAGAACACCGACGAGAAAAGCUUGUCUUCAACGACAAUGAAGCCUGACGACCAUGGCCAGCGACGAACACGCCGCUCUUCCCAAACGAGCAACACAGACAUCGGCGACGAGGAACAUCAAGCAGGCUGUGUUGCCGAUUGCGGCUCUGACAAACCCUCCCAACCUGAGUCCAGCGUUCGUGUUCCGACAAUCAUUCGUAGGCUGUUGCGCGCCGGAAGGGUCGAAGAAAAUGGCAUCCGACCUCUGGCUGUAGAGGAACGAAAAGAGAAGCGAUUUUUCAACAUUUUCACAAUUUGGUUUUCCAUCAACUCCAACAUCCUUGGCAUAACGUUUGGAAUGCUCGGGCCACUCGCGUACAACUUGAGCUUGCGCGAUUCCGCCCUCGUAAUCCUCUUCUUCAAUCUGCUUGCAACCUGCGCAGCAGGUGUUCUCGCCACUUUUGGUCCCAAGACUGGGAUGAGGCAAAUGAUACAUGCUCGGUAUAGUUUUGGCCGGUAUCUCGUCUCUGUUCCUGUUCUGCUGAACCUGGCGACACUGACAGGAUUCAACUCCAUCAUAUGCGUAGUUGGCGGGCAGUGCCUCUCAGCGAUAUCAUCGGGAAGCAUAACGCCGAAUACAGGCAUCGUUGUGAUUGCCGUGCUGUCUUUGAUUGUCUCCUUUGCCGGUUUCAAAGUUUUGCACAUUUUUGAAACCUACUCCUUUAUUCCAGCUCUCAUCAGUAUCAUCAUUGCCGCUGGUGUAGGUGGGAGCGGGCUCAAAAAGCAGAGUGAGCCUGCUACACCCGCAACAGCUGCUGACGUUUUGACCUUUGGUAUGAUCAUUGCCGGAUAUCAAAUUCCCUGGGCUGCCAUUGCCAGCGACUUGACAACCUAUUUCGAUCCCAAGGUCCCAUCAUGGCGAGUCUUCCACUACACAUAUUGGGGGCUUCUCGUUCCCACCGUGCUGCUCAUGACUCUUGGUGCAGCGAUUGCAGGAGCGUUACCCAACAACCCGACUUGGGAAGAAGGUAACGAGGCUUACGGCGUCGGGGGAGUGCUGGCAGCCAUGCUAAGCAGCGCCGGCGGCUUUGGCAAGUUUGUAGUGGUACUACAGACGUUGUCUCUUCUGGGCAAUACCUGUGGCAGUUUUUAUGCCAUCACACUCAACUUUCAGGCUCUCGUCCCGAUCCUCUUUAAGGUGCCCAGAUAUGUGUUUGCUGUGGUCAUUACAGCAACCAUUAUCCCCGUGGCUAUUUUUGCGUAUCGCGACUUCUAUGCCAGCCUCAAUAAUUUCAUGUCGAUGAUUUCGUAUUGGUCGGCGGCGUUUGUCGGCAUCAUCAUAGCAGAUCAUGUUGUCAUCCGACGAUGUCGAUUCGAUACAUACAACCAAGCCCUAUGGGACCAGGGGAGCAAGUUGCCGCUUGGUGUGGCAGCCCUUGCUAGCGGUGUAAUCGCUUUUGGUCUGGUUGUUCCUUGUAUGAAGGAGGAAUGGUAUGAGAGGUCUCCUAGCGUGAGCUCAUGGACGCCUCAGCCGCCACCGUCACCGCAGCUUGCCGACAGACCGUUGGUUUCUUCAAGCCGCAGCAGCGAAAGGUGCCUGAGCCUCCUUGGUAGUCAUCAAGAUCCGUGGUGGUCCCCGACUGAGCUCCAUUAUCACCGUCAUCAUCUUGACGUUGGUGAUCUCAAUAUACCUGCUGCUGCUUCGACGUCCUGCCUCUCCAACAACCUCUCUAACACCCUCUCUACAUCCGACUACUCUCCCUCUUCCAACUCUCCAUCCUGGCCAUUACCCCUUGAAGAAUUCUUGGUGCUUGAUCAAUUUCAGAACCAGUUUCCUGUUCGGCUACCUGUUUCUACAGCGUCGGCCUCUCCAGAAGAAUUGGCUCUUGAUCUUUCUCCUUCACUUCUUCAGCAAGAUCAACAAGAGCAACUGUAUCAAGAGCUCUUGCAGUACCACUGCCAAGGACUCUUGAACCCGUCUUCUUCGUCGUCUUCCGUCACCCCGGCCCUCUCUUCUCUUGACGACCCGGACAUGACCUACCUGAGUCUGUUUGGGGGCGUCGGCAAUGAACAUGGCUUGGACCAGAAUGAUGUCUCACAUCACCGUCAUCAUUCACACAACCCCAACCAUGAUAUCUUUGCUCAAGACAAUAAUGGCUUCUUGAGCUCUAGCCUCCACUCUCUGCCACACUCCCACCACGACACCCUCUCUUUGCAGGACCCUCCAACAUCAGCAGUUUCUCAUGAACGGACCACCGCCAACCACAUCAAUCACACCUUCUUCGACACCUCAUCAGCACCAUCAGCGUCUUCAAUAUCAACAACAACGACACCCGCUUCCGCAUUGCAUGUUCCACCACGACCUAAACCACACGGUUCUCCCGCCAGUAGCGGCAGUGCAAGCUCAAAACGCAAGUACACUGCAUCUCCCCCUCCGGAUCUGGAUCCGGAGAGCGAAGAGGCCCAGGUGGCUAUGAAACGCCAGCGCAACACCAUGGCUGCGCGCAAGUACCGCCAGAAAAGGCUGGAUCGAAUCUCCGAUUUGGAAAGCGCACUAGGAAAUGUUACUAGUGAAAGAGACGAGCUCAAGCUGCAGCUUGCUCGCCGAGAAGCCGAGGUUGAGGCUCUUCGGGAAAUGCUCUCAAGGAAGUGA